AAACAUCUCUGCCGAAAGGAAGAUCCUCCUCCCAGGUAUCUUCUUCCGAUUAGAAAUCCUGUGCUUUGCAUCCCUGCCAUACGUACAAUACGAGUGCUUUUUGUAUCCAUCCAACAAGAUGAAAGAAGGAAGCAGCGAAGCGGUUGGUACUUUUGAGUUGCCAGUGGUAGAUUUUGCCCCCUUUUCCAGUGCUUCGAACGGCGCGGAGAGUCCCUCUCCGGAACAACAGUCGGUUGCCAACGCCAUUGAUAACGCUUGUCGUACACAUGGGUUUGUGUGCUUGCGCAAUACAGGGAUUGCACGACAAGCCCUGGCAACAACCUUUGACGCUUCUCAAAAUCUCUUUGGAAUGACGCAUGAGCUCAAGGCAGGAUUGAAGCAACUGGACCCGAUUGCCAAUAUUGGCUACAAUGGAUUGGGCAGUGAAGCUCUCAACCGUCGUCGUGCAGCAGAUCUCAAGGAAGUGUUCAAUGUACGCCAACCGGAUUCCAAUCCGGAUUUAUUUCAGGGCACGCCACCAGGCUUUCAAGAAGCUUCCACACAGUUCUGGGAACAGAUAACUUUGCUAAGCCAACAAUUCUCCAAAUGCUGUGCAGUAGCGUUGGGAUUGGACCUGGACUACUUUUCCAAAACCAUGACCAAGAUGGAUUUGUGUACCUUGCGGAUGCUUUGCUAUCCCCCGUGUCCUACAACAGACUCGGACGCCAAGGAUCCGAGUUCCUCCAUUCGCGUGGGAGAACACACCGACUUUGGAGCCUACACAUUUCUGUUUGUCCACAAUUUACAAGACAAGUCGUCGCAUGGCCUACAGGUCAAGCCCAUUGAAGGAGGAGAUCUUGGCUGUGGCUCUCUGGUGAACCGAUCGGAUGACAUGUUUAUAUCCGGAUGGAAAGACGUCAUAUUUGAUGAGGCUACCUUGGCGGAAAUGGCACAGGAUGACUCCUGCUCGGUUCUGGUCAACACGGGAGCUCUCAUGGCUCGUUGGACCAACGAUGUAUGGCGUGCAACGGCGCACCGUGUCAUUGUCAAACCAGAAGCACGCAACUCCUACCGAUACAGCAUUGCCGUCUUUUUCGAUCCCGACAAGGAAACAAUCUGCUCAGUCCACCCCAAGUUUGUCCCCCAAGGUCAACAGCCAAAGUAUCCACCCAUUCAAAGUUUGGAGUAUCUUCUCAUGAAACUACGAGAAGCUCAGGGAGCUGCGAAUGAGAAUGACAACAAGGGUAGUGGCAACGAAUGAGCCUUCAAGCAACAUGUACUGGAUGGCUUAUGCGGAGCCUGCAACAUGGUAAUGCCAGGAGAUGAUGCUUUGCUUGUUUUACUACGAAGUUUUUGUUGCUAGUAAUUACUGCGAAAAUGCUUAUUUUGAAUGGGACCAGCAUUCGUUCCAUGCUUCAUGCGUGCUCCUCCCGUGUCCCUGAGCUAUCGGUAAAAAAUACGGUAGCCAAAGGUGGACUCGACUGGCCAUCGCAGCGUUCGACUAGAUCCGUCCCGGUACCGGUAGCCCGGAAGUCAGCACCUGGAUUGCCGGCCAGGGCUGCCGAUACAGUAGCCUUCGCGUUUCACGAGGGAAAACAGCCUAAUAAAAUCAAUCACGAAGAAACUUAGUGCGUCAUUCGACCCUCCAACCAGUGGCUGGCGAGU